AUGAAAAUCCAGAUCCAGUGGGUUGGUCAAGAAGUAUCAGUGGCGUUGCGGUCAAGUAUCUUCUCAUUUGCAUGGAAUUUCGAUGAAUGUCAAGGUUGUCUGGGAUUAUUUGCUUAUUUUUGUGUCAUUUCUACAUUAUUUUUGCCAUUGAGGGAGAGGAGGAGAGGUAGGGAAGGAGCAAGAGCAAAACGGAAAUUCCCAUCCACAAAUUUUUUCAAAAGCAAAAAGCAUACACUUAAAAUCAAUUUUAAAGUGGACAGCAGCUUAAAUUACCUAAAGGAGCAAUUUUGUGCAUCCUCUUCUUCACUUCUAGCUGGAGAGAAUCCAGAUGGAUAUGGCUCAGAAUCACUGAGGUCAGUAUUCCUACAACUAGGGGUGGAUGCACGUGAUGGUCAGCACAAUCCCCCGUCAACAAAUUCAAUUUCCAUGCGGUACGAAUUUUUAGAUCCAGUGGAAGCACCAAGAGAGAUCAGUGAUUUUGCAGUCAGGCAUCUUCUCAGUUGGAUGAAAAUUCGAUGA